AUGUCGCAAGGCUCGCACCCGACUCUCAUCAAUCUGCCCCCGCCGGGGUCGAAUCCCGAAACACCAUCUGAGAUGCCAGGGACACCCACUAGCACGACGACGUCACUAUCCGCGCUGUCUACGACUGCCAUAAAAGACGGCCAUCGAGGCCACUUUGCUUCUGGCCCUCUUGGCCGCGGGCAUCAGCAUAAUCCGUCCACCACCAGCCUCGAGGCUGAACGAGCCGAUCGGAUAUCGCGCUUGGCUGGGCUUGAGCGAGUAUCGACACUUCGCGCCGGCCCUGUGGCUGCCGGGGAAGGAGGAGGAGGGGGAGCAAGAGGAAGAGCAUCUUCCAUUUCUCCCCAAACCACUCCUACAUCGACAACUGGUGGAGGGUUUCCGCCAAACUUCCCGACCACACACAACCUGACCCCUUCAUACUUCGAUAGCAAUGGCCAACCCGUGGCAGUCACCAAGAUGAGCACGGUUGGCUCAGCAAGCGCCACAGAGAGUCACGUUGGCGAUGAUACCCGGACGACUGCCGGCGAGCGCGACGAGGAUAUGUUUAGCACCGACACCAACUACCGGGAAGCUGACUCGGUAGCCAGCAUGGGCGCCGAACCCGAUGCCAUGGACGAAGACAUGGACAUGAUGGCGACUCGAUCUGUUGGUGGUUACGAGGAUAGGAUGAGUGACGACGGGUCCGCGUCGCUUGUGGGAUUCGGCGAAGGCGCUGGCAGCACCGUCUCUGGCCCCAUUUACCACCGUCGUGCUCCCCCAGGCGCGUCUGCAGCACACCAAGCCUGGAACCUGGAGCGAACAAACUCGGGAAUGAGCGACUAUCGUAGGGACAGAGACACCAUGAUGAGCGGAGGCGAUACACCCAUGAGCGCCUCUGCCAUCCAGGAAAGACGAGAUGCUCGGAUGAUGGAUGGAGUUGCUGCUGAUGCUCCACACCAUGGAAUGCUCACGGAACAAGACAACUUUGUGGAUACUACCUUCCGUGGGCCUCUGCCUACAGGCAGACACCCUACUACCAGGGAGACCGCGGAGAGAAUUGUUCAGCAGCUGGAUAGGGGUGAGGCUAGAGCAGGUUCAUCCGGUCUCGGGAGCCCGGGGGUGGGAGGGCAGUCUCUUGGGAAACUCUACUUUGAAGGAGAUAAGCGAGACGAUUGA